CAGUCUCUAUUUCGUAUUGGACGGGACUGAAAAUUUAAGCACUCAGAAAAAACCUCCAACGUUUCAGAUUCCGGAGAGAGAAACAAACCAAAACAGCCUUAAACACUUACCAACUAAAUUCUAGAGAGAUAAAGAAACUGACCCCUUGUUUCCUUUUCUUUCUCCACUCACUGUCUCUGUAUUUGUGCAAUGUUCUCCAGUUCUGUUUAUGGCUUGAUGUGUGUGAUUCAGAGCGGACGUCCUUACUGAAUUCUCUGAUUUCCCAGUAACUUAAAGCUUCUUCUUCUUCUUCUUCUUCUUCUUUCCUUGGUGCCUGAGAAAAGUUAAAGAACUUGUUUUUAUUGGCGAGUUAUGACUUGGUUGACCUCUUUUGAUUGUCUUACGUAAUACUUUCUGUGGUUUUCUUGGUGGUGCUGGACUGGUGGUGAUAGUUUGUACGCAUGGCUCCUGUGAUGCAUAGAAGCUUCAAAUGGUUGCAUGGAGAACCUGAACUAUAUGCAAAAGGGCUUACUUUUGGCAACUACAGAUGGCUAUGAGAGAGUUCUGUUUUGAGAUAUCAUUGAGCACAUGAUCAAGUUUCCUUGAAUCAAGUUAAGCUGCAAGAAGUCUGUCUGGUUGACCUGGUCUUAUGUUCUUAAUCCGUUUAGCUGAGUACGUUUCAUGAGGUUUUGGCAAUUGGCACUAGAUCAACCUGGCAGAAAGUUUGGCUUGAACAGGGCAAAUCUUCUUUGGCAAUAUAAAUCUGCUUCCCAAAAGAAGCAAAUUUUAUUAGUUUUUAAGAGUUGGUAGACGGUAGUAGUAUUUAAACUUUGAGAUUAAGCUCUUAAUUAGGGCAAAUCCCUUUUGGCAAAGUAACUGAAGUUUCUCUCGCUAGGAAAUUCACCUGAAAGUGAAUAUUCGAGUAGAGUUGAUACUUCAGAUAGCUGUAAUCUAUCAUCAUCCACCAAGAAUUCCCCUCCAUGUGAAGAGAAGAUCUUCUUUGGCAUUGAAUUCUUUUUUCUCUGUUGAGCUUCACUCCUAUCUGCAACAGUUGUGCAUCAUCUUCUUUGGAAGUUUCUUCUUGCGGAAGCUUCAGUCCAUUUGUUGGGCAAAUCUCCUUUGGCAUUUGGAGUCCUCGUCGACUCCUGUUAUCCCUGUAGGGAAAAUCUCCUUUGGCAUUAGGAAGUUCUUCCUGUUAUCCCAUUAAGGAAAAUUUUUGGUGUUUCGAACGUCAUCUCUGCCUUUAAAGGUUAGGAUAUCUUGUUGGGAUAUCUAUAUUGAUCCUCAGCAUUGAUUGAGAAAAUACAUAACUGUUCAACCCAUUCCACAUUAUUUCCACCUCUAGUUCGAUCCUCUGGCACACAACCAUUUGGUUAUCCACUGCCAGUGUGUUUAUCGUAGACUUACAGGCGCUGCUCUUGGACAGUUGCUUGAAAAAAGUGUUAAUUGAACGAGCUGAAGUUUAUUUAUAUAGGUGUACGCGAUGGAUAUGCUUCCUAAUGACUCUGAUUGGGAAAGUUUCAGUGGAAAUUACAGUAGCAGUGAGGACAUAGAAGAACUUGAUUUUCUGUAUUGCGGGAGGGCAAGCAACAUUCUCUCUAGUCUGGAGGAAAGCAUAGGGAAAGUUGAUGAUUUCCUCUCAUUUGAGAGGGGCUUCAUACAUGGAGACGUUGUUUGUUCUGCGACCGAUCCAUCUGGACAGAUGGGCAGAGUUGAAAAUGUCAAUAUGAUCGUCAACUUGGAAAGUAGUCAUGGAAGAAUCAUAAAAGAUGUUGAUUCAAAGAAGCUUUUGAAGAUUCGUUCCAUUUCAGUGGGAGAUUAUGUGGUUCACGGACCCUGGAUAGGAAGGGUUGAUGAAGUUAUUGAAUCUGUCAGUGUCAUUUUUGAUGAUGGGACAUUUUGUGAGGUCACUGCAGUGGAUCAAGAAAAGCUCUCGCCAAUUUCUCCCAACAUACUUGAAGAUUCGAUGCAUCCUUAUUAUCCAGGACAGAGAGUGCAGAUCAGGCUCUCAGCGCUGUCUAAAUCAGCUACAUGGUUAUGUGGAGCUUGGAAUGAAAAUCAGGAUGUAGGGACUGUUUCUGCUGUAAAAGCAGGUUUGGUGUAUGUAGAUUGGCUUGCCUGUGCUCUUGUUGGUAGUGAUUUGAGUUUGCCCGCUCCUCAGCGUUUGCAGGAUGCAAAAAAACUUAAUUUGUUGUCAUGCUUUUUGCAUGAAAAUUGGCAACUUGGUGACUGGUGUAUGCUUCCUUUGGCUGAUUGUACGGGUGGGAAGGAGCGGAUACUUUUUGAUGCAUCUAUCAUUGAGAUCAUCGAAAAGGACAGGAAGAGGGGCCAGGGGUUUACGGGAUGGAACCCCUCUCCAAUGUUUCAGGAUAUAUUUGUUAUUGUGAAGACAAAAACCAUUGUCAAUGUUGUGUGGCAGGACGGUAGUUGCUCGCAGGGAUUGGAUUCAAAGUCUCUGCUCCCUGUAAACAUUGUCAACGCUUAUGAUUUCUGGCCUGGGCAAUUCGUACUAGACAAGGGUGCUUGUGAUGAUCCAUAUGUUUCAGGAAACCAAAAAUGGGGUUUUGUGAAUUGCGUGGAUGCAAAGGAACAGAUUGUUAAGGUGAAAUGGAAAUCCUUUGGAGUGAACCAGGCUGACAUUGUAGGAAGUGACCAGAUUGAGGAAACUGUUAGUGCUUAUGAACUGGUUGAACACCCUGAAUACUCCUUCUCUUAUGGGGAUAUUGUAUUUAAAAAUUUGGAUCAAGCUAAUAAAGAUCACUUGAACAGAGACUCUGGAAUGGGUGCGGAUGCUGCUCUUGAAGGCAGUGACCAUGGUAAAGAUCAGGUUGAUUACUUGUCCUGUAUCGGCUGUGUGACAGGUUUUGAAGAUGGUGAUGUUGAGGUGACAUGGGCUUCUAGUCUCAAAACCAAGGUUUCACCUAAUCACAUUUUUCGAAUUGAUAGAUGUGAAGUUUCAGCCGAAACAAUCAUGCAACAUGAACAACGUGAAGAGGAAGUGAAUAAAGAGACGGUUGAUCAUGACGAACAAUUUUCAAUCCUGAAAGGAAAGGACUCGCUAAAUUCCAUUUGCUUUGGCAAUGAGAACGCUAAGUGCCCACGGGAGUCUAGUUCCUUUUCCCUUCCUGAAUUCACUCUUGGAUUUUUCUCAAGGAUUACAGAAGGUAUAUUUGGAUCCUUUGGUUCCACAUCAGUGUCUGGCCCAAUAGCAUCUCACUCUUUUUCUGAAGAUGGAAAUCGAUCCAAGACACCUGAGGAGAAAGAAAAGCUGGAAACUUGUGAUCCGUGCAUGGAGUUGCAACCUUCAGUAGCAGGUGACAUCCUGAGAUUUGAAGGGACAAAUUUAAAGCCAGAAGCCAAUGAUGAUCAGGAAAGAAAAGAACAUCGAUCUUCAUCUGCCAGCAAUAGUUCAGAACAGUUCAAACGAUUUGAUAUGGUUGUUGAUUGCUCUGACCACUACUUUCUUGAUGGUGAAGGCAAUGCACUGGCAUUGUCUCAGGUGAAAAGAGGUUGGUUGAAGAAAGUUCAACAGGAAUGGAGUGUUCUAGAAAAGAAUCUUCCUGAGUCAAUCUACGUCCGCGUCUAUGAGGAUAGAAUGGAUCUCCUUCGGGCAGCCAUUGUUGGUUCAAAUGGAACUCCAUAUCAUGAUGGGCUGUUCUUUUUCGAUAUAUUUCUUCCACCGGAGUAUCCUCAGGAUCCACCUUCGGUGCAUUAUCGCUCUGGUGGACUUCGAGUCAAUCCGAAUUUGUACGAGUCUGGAAAAAUCUGUCUCAGUCUCCUCAACACAUGGACAGGCUCAGGCUCUGAAGUAUGGAAUCCAGAAAACUCCAGUAUUCUCCAAGUUCUUCUCUCCCUCCAGGCCCUUGUGCUUAAUGAAAAACCAUACUUCAACGAAGCUGGGUAUGAUAAGCAGAUAGGGAGAGCUGAGGGAGAGAAAAACUCUAUAAGCUAUAAUGAAAAGGCAUUCCUUAUGACAUGGAAGUCCAUGCUUUACCUUAUUCGCCAACCACCAAAGCAUUUUGAGGCCCUCAUGGAGGAGCACUUAAGUGAACGUUCCCAGAAUAUUCUAUCGUCUUGUAAAUCAUAUCUGGAAGGAGCUCCGGUGGCGAUUGCACCUGACAGUGGAAAGACCCGGCAUGCAAAUCAAAAGGGUGCUUCUACAGGGUUCAAAAUCAUGCUAGGAAAGCUCUUCUCAAAGCUUGUGGAGGCAUUUUCUGGUAAAGGAAUUGAUUGCAGCCAAUUCAUUGAGCAAGAGAAAUGAAUGGGCAUAGCAAGGCAUUCCUCCUGUAUUUGUAAUUCUGUAUGAUAUCAACGUGUUCUUGGUGAUUUUCAGUCAAAUACAUAUUCUCAAAAAACAAUAAUGUAUUGUGAGUUGCGCAGACUGCAAAACUUUGAAUAAUAAAAUAAAAUUUGGAUUGGUGUGUAAA